AUGCCCCCACGCUGUCGGGUGAGGAGCGAGCCCUUUCUGACGCCGGAGCGCCGGCUCGAGCUCCUUGAGAAGAUCCGCGCUAGGCGCGAAGCCUGGAUCGCCGCGGGGCUACCUCCGGAUGAAGUGGAUCUGAAGGAGGAGUUGGAGGAGGAGGAGGAGGAUGAGGACGAGGAAGAGGAGCAGGAGGAGGGGGAUGAGCCGGGGGAGGAGGGUGUGGGGGACGCUGACGACGGGGAUCUGCAGGCGGAGCAGCAGGCCAUCCUCGAUUCCCUCCAGUUGGUGUCGGCUGCGGAGGCAAGACGCCGUUGCCGGCACGAGAUGGAGGCGCAAGAGGCCGCAGACGAGGCGGAGAUGUUCACCUACAUGGAUGAGGUCGAGCAGGGGGAUUAG